AUGGCAGUAAUCAACAUUGACGUGGUCUCCGACUUCACUUGCACGUGGUGCUUCAUUGGCAAGCGCAUACUGGACCAAACAAUCGCGCUCUUCUUGAAGACAUACCCUUCCAAGCCCACGUUCAACAUCACAUACCACCCAUACUUUCUCUCUCACUUCAACUCCCUCGACUAUACCGUCACAGCCUCAAUUCCACGCGCAUUCCUCACCGAGAAAAAACUGGGCCAUUUGUCCAAAGAGCGGAGAGAUGCCAUGGCCAAGAAAAUGCAAGGUCUCGGAAGAAGCGUCGGCAUAGAGUUCAAAUGGAAUGGCCUCAUUGGCCCUACUGCAAAGGCACACGGGCUGGUCCUGAUGGCGGGCGAAAGGCAGAGGGACGUUGUAGAGGGGCUGAUGCAUUCUUUUCACGAGGAAGAAACAGAUAUCAACGACGAAGAUACGAUACGCGAGAUUGCGCUGGCAGCAGGCUUGACGGACGAGGAUGUCGACAAGGCAUUGUCAGAUCAAAUCCAAGACAAGGUCGUGCGGGAAGAGCAGACGUGGAGGGAAGUGGCAGCCGGCAAGGGCGUGCCAGUGUACAUCAUCCAGGGCCAGCAUCGGAUCGAUGGGGCACCUGACCCUGGUGACCUGUAUGAGAUUUUCAUCAAGGCACUCGAGGAUAUUGAGUCGCUAUAG